AUGGAGUCUCCAGAUUCAAAACCGUUGGACGCGGAGGUCAAGUCUAUCAUCUCCAUGCAAGAACUGGAUCCUUCGCCUGUGGACGAUUUAUCUCCGGACACAGAGACCGAGCAAUACUUCCCUAGUCCAGAAGAGAAUAAGCCGCGACGAACAUGUGGAUUUACAGCACCGACAUUGGGUUUGCGACCUCAUCGAUGGGAUGCAUUGUUAUCCGGUCUGCAAAAAUACUCGACGUAUCCACCAACCAUGUUCUUUGUCUUGCAUUUUGCCAAUACAGCCCUCAUUCCGCUGGUGACCCGAUCAGUACCUGCCAGUGAGCCCUAUCUCCUGCUCACGCGACCAGUCUACCAAGCUCCUGGAUUGGAACAUAUCGUCCUCACACUCCCAAUCAUCACCCACAUCGUAUCGGGCAUUGCCCUCCGCAACGUCCGAUCCUCACGACGCGCAAGGCUAUAUGGAGCGGAAACUCGUGCGAUGCGAAGUCGACUUACCUGGUGGCCUCGCUUCUCGCUACAGGCCCGUUCCGGAUAUCUCCUCGCCCCGCUGAUUGGACUACACGCCCUGGUGAACCGUGUUACACCAUUGAUGAUUGAGGGUGGUAGCUCUGGCGUGGGACUAGGCUAUGCGGCUCAUGGAAUCGCACGUAGCCCUGUGUUCUGGAACAUUUUCUAUCUGGUGUUUGUCACUGCCAGUGUUUGGCAUUUCAUUGGUGGCUGGGCAACCUGGAUGGGCUGGAGAGUCACAACUGCGCGGAAGCAACAUACCAGCAAGGGAUCAUUGGAGGGCUUACUAGGUUAUCCCGAGAACCAUGAUCGUGUCAAGCGACAGCGCAAGAUGUGGUGGAUGGUCAAUGGUAUUGCCGCUGCUGGUGCUGCCUUUUGGCUUGCCGGCGCCCUUGGAAUCGUUGGGCGUUCUGGUGAAGGUGCUGGAUGGGAAGCACAAGGAUGGAAUGAAUUGUAUAGCCAAGUGCCCAUUAUUGGCGAUUGGUUAUAA